AGCCGGGCACCGGCUGCGCAGCGAGCCCCGCGGACCCUCCGUGCGCCCCGGCCAUGGGCCCGCCGAGCCAGCUCUGGAAGCGGCCCGCCCAGCGCCGCCUCUCCCGCUGCCUCCCGUCGGGGGCCGCCCGCAGCUCCACGGCCCCGGCGCUGGCCCCUGCCCCGGUCCCGGCCGCCGCCCGGCCGCUGCCCUACGAAGCCAUCCCCCGCAGCGGCCGCAACGCCUGGCUCAGCCUGUACCGCCUGUGGCGGAGUAACAGCUUCCCGCGCUUCCACCUGGUCAUGCAGCGCAACUUCCAGCGCCUCGGGCCCAUCUACAGGGAGACCGUGGGCACCUACAACUGCGUCAACGUGCUGCUGCCCCGAGACGCGGCCCAGCUCUUCCAGUCGGAGGGGAUCUUCCCGCGGCGCAUGGGCAUCGAGUCCUGGAUCGCCCACCGCCAGCUCCGCAACCACAAGUGUGGCAUCUUCCUGCUGAACGGGGAGGAGUGGCGCUCGGACCGCCUGAUCCUCAACAAGGAGGUGAUCAGCCCUGCGGGCACCCGGAAAUUCCUGCCCUUCCUCAACGCAGUGGCCCAGGACUUUGUCACCCUCAUGCACCAGCGCAUCAGCAAGAACACGCGCCGCUCGCUCACCAUCGACCUCUACAGCGACCUGUUCCGCUUCACCCUGGAGGCAAGCAGCUACGCCCUGUAUGGGGAGCGGCUGGGGCUGCUGGAGGAAAGCCCCAACGCGGAGUCGCAGAGGUUUAUCAGUGCCGUGGAGACCAUGCUGCGGACCACCUUGCCGCUGCUCUUCAUCCCCCCGGGCCUCAUGCGCUGGGUCAACACCAAGCUGUGGAGGGACCACAUCGAGGCCUGGGACACCAUCUUCAAGCAUGCUGAUAAGUGUAUCCAGAACAUCUACCAGGAGUUCUGCCUGGGGCAGCCCCGGAAGUAUUCGGGGAUCAUGGCGGAGCUGCUCAUGCAGGCGGAGCUGCCGCUGGACUCCAUCAAGGCCAACAUCACGGAGUUCACCGCGGGCGGCGUGGACACAACUGCCAUGCCCCUGCUCUUCACCCUCUUCGAGCUGGCCCGCAACCCCAGCGUCCAGACGGCCAUUCGCCAGGAGAUCGCCGAGGCCGAGUCGCAGGGGCCACGGGAGCUCUCCAAGGUGCUGAACUCCAUGCCGCUGCUCAAAAGCGCCCUCAAGGAGACACUGAGGCUCUACCCUGUGGGCAUCACGGUGCAGCGCUACCCAACCAAAGACGUGGUGCUCCAGAACUACCGCGUGCCGGCUGGGACCCUGUGCCAGGUGGGGCUGUACGCCAUGGGCCGGAGCCCGGAGGUGUUCAGCAACCCGGAGCGCUACGACCCCAUGCGCUGGCUAAGCAAGGAGGAUAACAGCUUCAAGGCCCUGGCCUUCGGCUUCGGGGCCCGGCAGUGCAUCGGCCGCCGCUUGGCAGAGACCGAAAUGAUGCUGUUCCUCAUGCACGUCCUGCGGAACUUCCGGAUCGACACGGUGUCCAAGGCUGAUAUUAAAACCGUCUUCGGGUUCAUCCUCAUGCCGGAGAAGCCGCCUCUGCUCACGUUUCGGCCCAUCGACUGAGCCCCUCACCCUGGCUCCCCGCCUGCUCUUUCUGUACCCUGGGCAUGGGGGAGGGGAGGAGGAAUCCAGCAGCCAGGGGUGGGAAGGGGGGGUUGUGCUAUCGAGACAGACCCCUCUCCAAGGCAGGGCAUCGAGCUGGCAGCCCCUCCCCCCCGAACAUGCUAAGGCAGCCUGGUACAGAGAACAGCCCCCCACACACACACCUUGUAACACAGAAGUAGGUGCAGACCCCACAGCCAAUGGGCCCACCCGUGGAUCCCGGCCGCGUGCUGGGGUUUGUAGUCUCUAUGGGCUACAUAACAUGGGAGGAGGGGGGCCUGGGGCCACAGUUCAGCCACCUCUAUCCUAAGGGCAUCCAGUCCCCCUUUGCCCAUCUGCCGAGAGGGGAAAGGGGUCUCCUUCACUGGGAGAGACCCAGUGCCGGCAGGAGACCCCACCAGCAGGGUGGAACCAUAAAGCCAUGGGAUGGGGCAGGAGAAGGAGGCAGGUUCUGUUGGAAGACGAGGAGGGGGCAGAGGUGCCAGCCCCCUCAUUUCUCUUAUUCAAAGAAGUGGCCAUCCCUCACUUCACGUCAAUGGGGCUGAAGCCAGCAAGAUGGCCACCGUUUCCCUCUAGUCCAGCUGCAUGUGGGAAGGAGGCUGCCCUUAAUAAAGAUGGCUGCCAUCUCCCACGCUUCUGUAUGAGGUUGAAGCUGUGCCCCAGGCAAUGUGGGUCCGGGGGCUGGAUGGGACACAGGGACUGUGAGGAGCAGCAGAGAGCGGGGGAUGGGGAAAGUGAGGGGAGGAAGAUGCAGAGUUAUGGGGUGCAGGGGAUGUUGGGUGCAAGUGGGAGGCUGGGGGCUGCAGGGGAGGUGGGGGGUACGGGGUGGUGCAGGGGCCAGUGAUGGGGUGGGAAAUGGAGGGGCUCGGAUAUCAGCUCCCGCAGCCUGCAUGUGUGGGGGGAAGGGGCAUCCCCUCGGAGCGGCCAGGGGAAGGCCAUGUUACCGCAUCAGCAGCUCUCAGUCCUGGGAGUUUGCUGCCUGCAGGAGGCGCUGUCAUGAAGCCAUGAUUCACACCCAGGACUUUCAGGGCUGGGCAGGCGGGCAGAGCUCUGGACGAGAGCAGCAGGGCUGAGGACACAGACCUGACCUGCCAUGAGCCCUUCCGGGGUGUGACCCUAGAGCAGAGAGAGGAGCCUGGAAGGUGGGCUUUGGGGCUUCUGAGACCCGCCCACAGAGGACCCCUGGGGCAGCAGGAGGCGGAGAAGUGAAGACCGUGCUGGGAAGUGGCUGGCUGCCCCCGGUCAGGGGGAGGGAGUCUCCAGCCAGGAGAGACGCAUUGUGAUAUUUCACCCCAAAAUUCUCACCCGCUGCCCAGCCGAGGAGUGGAGGGGAGUUAAAAAGGCAAAAGACAGACCCCAAACAUCACUGGAUUCUUCUUUUUAAGUCAUGAUUUUUUGGGCCAAGCUCCGGAUGUUUGAGGGUCAGACUCAUGGGUUUUGAUCGCUGGGGGCUGGCGGUUCUGACGCAGGGCCCAGCCACUCCCAUGGCAGGUCUAGCCCAGCCCUCGUUCUGCUGCCCCGUCUCACUCCGGGCAAACACUCUGGGCUGUAGAGCAGGGGUCCCCGAACUUCUCAGGGGCUCGCCCUCCCUCGCCCCGGCCGCCCCAGUGCCACAGCUCCGGGGGGGGGGGGCAUGGACGGGGGAAGGGGGCCGAGGCUGGGCCUGCAGCUGGAGCCAGGGACGGAGCUAAGGCUGGGAGCGCGGCUGGGGUCGGAGCUGGGAGCGGAGCAGGGCUGCACACCCCCCCGCCCCGGGGGACUCGCCCACAGUUUAGGGACCUCUGCUGUAGGGCAGGUGACAGCCUGAGCCCUGGUGGCCAAUGCUGCCAGCCCUCUCCCUGCUUGGCUGCAGCAUCUCUUCCCCUCUCCUGGGCCUCUCCUGUCUGCACCAGGCAUUUGUCUGCUGCCGGGAGGCUGUAUUGGAAGUAUUUUCUCCCUUUGUUAAACUGUUCAUCCAUUUGGACUAAGGCUGAGGUGUGUGAAUUUGGCAACCUUGGCUUGGCGGAUGUAUAGAAAUAAUUAUUCUGGGUUUGGGUUUAUCUACGGUGCUGAUUGUCACGGAGCAGCACAUAGGUGACGUCCGGCCCCAGAGAACUGGUUUGUAAGAACUGGUGUCAUGCCAUGUAACUGAAGUGGAGUGGGAGACGGAGUCAUUACACUAAACCAGGAUCACUUGCAAUCCAUUUCCCUCCUGGGUGGGGGUUAACAGCAAGGUCUCCCUAGAAACUCGUCUUUUUUCUUCCUCUGAGCAUUAAUUGUCAUGCGCCAAUGGCUGGCUGGCUGUAGGAGUUACAGUAACAAAAGGACAAAUAAGCCAUGGUCAAGGCAGACUUCAAGUUGCUUCGCUGAAAGCUCUUUUUCUGAAGUCAUUGACCAUAACGGCUACUCUGGUCAAAUGCAGGUGGUUAGUGUAGAGUAAUGCUGGAGCUGCACCUCUGUAGGAAUUCAGCACAGACACUGCUAGGCUCCCAUGGGCGGAGAUAAUCCACCUCCCCGAGCGGUGGGGGCUAGGUUGAUGGAAGAAUUUUUCUGUCCACCUAGCAGUGUCUACCCCAGGGGCUGGGUCAGUUUAGCUACAUCGCUCCAGAAUGUGGAUUUCCCCCACCCCUGACAGGCACAGCUAGACUGGAAGUUCCUAGCGUAGACCAGGCCUACUCUGCCAAAUGGAUUUCCCCUGCUCUGAAUACUCUAUAGGGGGUUAGAUUUCAUUGUACCUCUUGCAUAUGUUGAUAGGUGAUUUGUUGUAGAACCUUUGCUGCCCUGGCAUUCAGGAGAUGGCUGGUUCUUAUUCAGCUUAAGGCUGAAUAAUAACUUUGAAAGCACAAUAACACAUAGGUACGCUGGCCCUUGCCUGUGCGCCCCCAUUUCCCUAUUCCCCGGGGGAGGAGGCCCUUGAGAACAGGAAGACUUAGUGAGGUGUAGUGCAUUGCAGGGCUUGGGAAAGCUACCAGAGAGUUGUCUACACAGGCCGUUCUUUGAGAAGAGCAGUUCCUGAGUAACUCCCUGUGUAGACAAACCCAGAGCUCCUGGCUGCACAACCAAGUGUGGGUUGGGUUUUGGUUUUUUGAAUAGCAGGGUUAGUAAGUAUCGCUGGUUCUUAGCACAUGCUACUUGGCCAAAUAACUCAGGGCAGUUUCUUUACAGAACUCUAUACAUAAUUCAUAAUCUGACCUGCUCUCCGGGUUGUGCCACCAGUAUUUUAGGUAACUAGUUGAACUGCGUGAAUGCAAUGAUGUUUACAUAAGCAAGUGACUUCAUGGACAUGGAUCACUGACUUGGUACCUUCUGUCUGAAAGUGCAUAGGGAACGUAAUCGAGAACAGUUAUCACCAGGAAUGCAACUAUUUUUAGUAUACACCCUAUUGGAACUGCAGAGUAAAACAACAAAGGGGUUUAAACUGCUAUUUUGCAUGCAAAGUAAUAAAGUCUGAAGAUGAAGGGCCAAUAUUCUGCUGAUUAAAGAUUAACAUUUGGA